AGCUAUCAGUUGAAAACAUGCCCGUCGAACCGGAGGACGGUAUAAUAGCAAGGCCCGUGUUUUAAUCGUACAGGUGUGUGUUUUUUUCACGGAAGUACCGUAGUGAUACCAGUUUCCUAUUUUUUUGGAAUAAUAUCAUACAUUUCAAACCACGUACACUAAACACGGAUGGAAUAAGAAGCCGUUUUAAUACAGCGGUUUUCAACGAAAAAAAGUUUGGAAUGUUUUCGAAUGAUGAAAAAUCAACUACCACAGUACGAUAUGCAUAGUAAGCAUGUCAAGUCUCUCACGUGGUCUGUGUCUUUGCACCUGUCGAGAGGUACUCGAUGUGACAGUAUACGGAUGGUUUGAACCCCGUCACAAUUCCGGCAGAUAUUAGUCAAAACAUAGAAGUAUUGAAAUACAAAAUGUUGUACAGUGUCCUGAAGAGAAAUAGUACGAUAUAUAGGGAUAUACACCCGUUGUUAUUAUGUCCAUAAUACAAUAUUUUGGGAUGUAGCUGACACGGUGAUGAUCCUUUAGUCAGAGAACGGAGUGUUAAACCGUCAAGUGGAUUUAAAGCCGGGAAUCGAUCUUAGUACGUAACGCAUCUAUAUAUAAAUUUUGAUUCUAAUCCCGGUUUUUAUUUAAAAUUGAUGCCUCCAUUUACCGGGUGUGUGUUCGUGGGGAGUAGUGAUGUUGUGGGCGCUGUAAGUGAAUACGUGUUCCAUACCUAGAGGAAGUAUAUCCUUUAAUAACCUAGGAUUUCCUUGGUCUGGAUUUAUAUUUUUUUCCCAAUAUUUUACCCAAUAAAUUGGGGAUCUCAUGAUAGCCCGAACGCCAGACCUCCGACGGCCAGAUGAAACGCUAGUGUAUCUAACAUGGCCACUAGCAAGAGGACUCGGAAACUUAGCCCAUUAUGAGGAGAAGAUUCUCGCCCAUUAAACUUAUAUGCAGGUUGUUGACGCUGCUGCUCAUUUUACAUUGGUGUGCUGUGAACGCUUCAGGAAACCCUGAGGUUUUCCAAAUUAAGGAUUUUGAAGUGAUAGAUACCGACGAAACAAAUCCUGGUGACGUGAUUACCUCCCUUUCGUACCGCUACAGUAUUUGGAACCGGUGUACGCGACGCUAUCUCCGGAUACGAAAGCCGGGCAGGAACGGAGUCGACGCAAAAGGAGAUAAAUUCGCCAACUACACCUCAAUCAUCAUUGAAUCGAUAGGACAGAAAGGCCUUGUGAGGAUAAAGGGAGAGAAAAGUGGACUGUACUUGUGUUAUUCUAGGCGGGGAAGGCUCCGCGCUAAAGUAAGGCAUUCGGAGUACUGUACCUUCAACUGGGUCGUUAAUGAUGACACUAGACAUGACGAAUUCAGGCUGAAUGUGAACAGUAAUUGGUACAUCGGUUUUAAGAAAAGGAGAAAGAAAUCACGAAAAGGUUUUGGCAAACCUCUACUUGGAUAUUUCUACCAAAACGUCAAAAUGAGGAAGUGCUAUCAAUUCCUAGUAACGCCUUUAGACGCGCGGCCACAACAACCUAAGCCACCGAUCAACUGGGACGAUGACGAUUUAAUUAAUUACGAUCCAGAGGGACAGUUCAUAAGGUGGACAAGAAAACACAGAUCUAGACUUCGAAAACAAAAUAAGCAUCGCUUCGGUCGUGGUAUGAAAAAGAAUGGACGACGAAAACAUCGAAAUAAAGUGAAUAGAUGAAAUUUAUUUAUUUAUCCUUAGGAUUUAACCAAUUACCAGUAAUUCACUGCGGGCUAGACCAAAGCUGAAAACAUUCCGCAUGCGCAUGCGCUGUUUUUGUACGCUUUGUUCCUUGCAACCCGAAGCCCAAGCGGCAUGGCCAGUACAGAAAAAGGAACCUUUCGGCAAUAUCGCAUAACAUUUUAUCGUUUCGUUGCGAUAAUACGCAAACAGAAUGCAGAAUUUUGCAUCGUUUGGACUCCUGUGUCUGGUCACGUGAUCCCAUUGUGUGGAGAAAUGUGUUCCAAACCAUGACGUCAGGUUAUGUUAUUGAUCAUGUGAUCGGAAAAAUCUCAACAAAAAUGGUCCGAAAGAGGUCCGUAAAAUGAGCAGUUCAGUGCGACAAAAGUAUUGUCUUUCGAAUAACAGACGUAUUGGGGUGGAUAAACACCCAUGUGAUAUGAUGUGACUGUAUCGGUCACACACCAGACAGGACUGACAUCUACAUUGUAUAUUGUGAAUGGCAAUUCGUAUUGGAUAUUUUAUACCAUUUUCAUUCAUGCCAGUAAACCAUAUUCAUCUCCCAUUCACAUUAAAUGCUGUAUAUGUAUCUAUAUAUAUAUAUAUAUAUCGUCCGGUUAUUGUCAGUACUGGAUUGGCCCAUGUAUCGGUGACAAUGGGAAACUUCAUCUUGAAUGCAAAUCCUUGAGACGCUCAAGUCAAUGCUACCUCGGGUGCCGGUGAUGAUGACGUCAUUGAGAAAAAAACAUGAAUAACGUGGAUUAGAGUUUGGCUAAACGUCUAGAUGACAUUUGAACUUUUGAUCCUAUUUUAGGCUAUCGGCAUGUACCAGAUGACAUGCAUCUCUAGCACAUCUGAGGGUGAUUAGGCGUCACAGUGUCGACUGCCCGAGGUUCGAGUGACCAUCGACGGCGGAACACUGGCUUUUUUAGUUAUCUUCAAUAUGAAUAAAAAGUCGGUAACACGGGUAUUUAAAUGCAUUUCCAUAUGCAAUCGUACAUCUAUUUCAUUUCUCUGGGUUUCUACUCUCCCCAUCCUCGUAUAACAAUGUCAGUAAACAUGGUUAAUGUUUUUACACAGUAAACUUCAAAUGCCAGUACAAAUUUUACCCUUAACUAUUUAAUGAUUUCAAAUCGGUCAGUAACUCGUAAAUCAGCUAAUUGAAUGAAUUUGUUUUGGUGAUCCUGUUCACAAAUUGUUUUUGGAACAAAUCAACGCUUCGCUGUACGUUUGUCUUUCAAUUCCGACAUUUUAACGUCUAACUACUGUAGGUUUCUUUUAUACCUAUUGAGCUUUUUCCUUUAUUGACUAAACGUAAACAGCAUUGUUAUCGAUGCAUAUACCAAGGUUUUUUUUUCACAUCUGAAGUAUUUGGCUAUGCAUAAUAUUUCCCGACGAUUUUGCGAUAAAUUUUCUGUUCUGUUAAUGGGAUCAUAUAAAAUCUAAGUAAAUAAACCUUAAUUAAAAACUGUAAAUGAUCUACACAUAAUAGGUAGUUAUACAUCAAUCAUUUUGCAUGGACAUGAACGGCAAUGAAUUGACAAAGGAAGAUGUAUGCAUGUGUGUAUAAAUGAUCAUCUCACUGAAAUAUAUAUCGUCUAGUCUAUAUUUAGGCUUAAAUGAAUGUAGCCGUAAUAUCAAUAAUCCUCAUAAGCAUUAGAACAUGUGUGUAUGUAAUAUGUCGAUUGUUCAGGGAACGCCCAUGCAACCCUUGUCAUGUACUUACCUGGUGUACCGCUACCAAAUGGCCGCUUCACUGCCACAAGGAGUGAAGUCGGAACACAUCUAUGUAGUUAAAACACAUAAAAAGUUCAAUCUUAAUUGUUAAUUGUUUCCUAGUUAAUACAAUGCAUUGUUUGAGUUGUAAAAUACUUUAAAAUGUACUUAUUUAUUGUAUUAUGUAAUUUAAAUUAUACAUAAUCAAACCAAUCUUAGAAUUAUCGAUCAAUGUAAUUUUGAUUUGGAAUUAAAUGUUAAUUACAUUGGAUCAAAUGAGGAAUAAUCUCUUUCUUCUUCCUUUUUUAGUUAUUUUCAUCAGUUAUUUUUAUCAGUUACCUAUGUCUGAGCGCGAGAACCACACUCCGGCCAGUAUCUAUAUUUAACAUUGUAAUAGUGGUAGUUACGUGAUGAAUGACGUCAUCAAAAACGAUAAUUUGACACAUGCAAUUGAAAUCUGUUUUUGCCGUAAUAAUAUAUUAAACAGGGGGUCUUUGUUGGAAUUAUUCAAAAUAUUUAAUGCAUUUCAAAGAAAUAUUAAUGAAUUACAAAUGUUUCCCUUCAAAUUAAAAUCAGACAUCCCAGUCAAAUUGUAAACAUUGAUGUUAUUGUUACAUGAAGAAUGAGUGUUGUACGUUAUUACAUUUUACACUGAGUGUAUAGUAAAUAUCUGUUGGUCCUUUAAUGAGUCGCCGAGGUGAAAUCGAUGCCUAUAGUUAUCUAUAUAUGCUUUUCGUUGUAAGGGAUUACCCUAUUAAAAGGUAAUCCUACUGUAAGGGUCGUCCCAGGCCCAACAAACCUUGUUUAAUGUAAAUAUCAGUUGUAUUGUAAUUGUUACAUACGCCAAAGACAUAUUUAUUAAAGAAAUCGUGUACAAAUGAAAAACCUGUUGAUGUACAUAAUGUUACUCUGUCCCGUCAAAUAUUGUGUAUUGACAACAACUGUUUGGUACACAUGAGGAACGCAUUAAAACCAACAGAAACAAUGUAA